UAUUCUGAUGACGUCAUGCAGAGAGCCCGCGUUCUGAUGACGUUUCACACAUUCCACUGUCCCAAACAGACCGGCGAAGUUGGAGAGCAAAGAGGACUGAAGUUUGAGACGGUUUAUGUGGCCAUUCUGAGCAGAACUGUGCUUUCAACAUGUCUAAAGGGGAUUCCAUUUGGGAUCUUGCCAUUGAGACGGUUCAUCAUCAAGAGAAGGAUGGGAAAGAAGGCCAGCAGGAGAACCGACCAGCAGAGGAAAGCUCAGUUCUCUUGAUGGGCAGUAAAAGCUCUGGUAAAACUUCAAUCAUCCUGAGGUUCCUAGACAGGGAAGGUCCUGUAGAUGAAGCUGCAAAGCCCACAACUGCUCUUGAGUUCACCUUUGGCAGGAGAGCCAGAAACAACCUGGCCAAAGAUGUGGUGAAUAUUUGGGAGCUCGGAGGUGGGACCUUUCUAUCCAGACUGGUUGACACAGCCAUAAAUGUUAACAGUGUCAGACAGUUAGCUGUCAUGCUAGUGCUGGACCUGUCCAGACCUGACGACCUGUGGGUUACCAUGGAGACCCUCCUAAAACAGGCACGUGCGGCAGCUGACAGGUCCAUCACUGAGCUGGACAAGCUGCAACCUGGAGUGAAACAGGCCCUCAGGAAGAAGGCCUGGGAGAAGUAUGAUGAACAUCCUGAUAAAGAGAUGGUGGACCCCUUCCCUGUUCCUCUGGUCAUUGUUGGUGGAAAGUAUGAUGUUUUCCAGGACUUUGACUCAGAGAAGAGAAAGAUUAUCUGCAAGACACUGAGAUUUGUUGCUCACAAUUAUGGCGCAUCACUGUUGUUUUUCAGCCUGAAGAUGAAGCAGCUGAUUGACAGGGGGAGGGUGAUGUUUAACCACCUGUCCUUCGGCGCUGCAGCUCCACAACUCAAGUCCAUGCAGCUGGAGCACAACAAGCCCAUCUACAUCCCUGCUGGAGCAGAUGGAUUCCAACAGAUAGGUCCACCUCCCCUACCAGAGGGCAAUGUUGGUACCAUGAGUGCCAGAAAUCCAGUGGAACUGUGGAAACAGGCUUUUACUGGCCACUUCCCACAGGUGUCAGCUGUCCCCACAGUGCAGGAUGACCCUGCUAAGGAUCCCCAGUAUGCAGAGUCUAGCAUUGAUGCCAUGAGGCAACAGAAGGAUGAGGAACUGGAGAGAUACAGAAAAAAUGCUGAGAGAAAAGCAAGAGAAAUUGCCAGGAUGAGAGAUGGGUUGAAGAUGUAGAUACUAAAAUACACAGAGCUUUGUUAUAUCAUAGAUGACUUGUCCCCAAUAAAGAGUAUUUUGGUGUGUUUGAAUACAGGAUAUUUCUGACAUGUACAUAUUUCUGUGGCUAUAAAAUAUAAAGAGACAGAUAUCAAAAUGAUUUGCUCAUGGCCGCACUACUUGCACUUUUUAUUGGCACAGUUGUAUAUAUUACAUACAUGUAGUACUGGCUGUAUAUUCUGCAGCUAUAGAAAAUAUUAUAAUGUGUUUGGAAUGUCACAGACUGAUGAUAUAAUUAUUUCCUAUCAUUCCUAUCAUCCAUUUCCUAUCAUUGUCAUCCAAUAGUAUAACUGCAUAGCAGUUAAAAAAUUAACUCUGAACGCAUUGUUCCCAGCACUUAUGCAAAACUGCAUUGUACAGAGAGAACCAUUUGAAUGUGAUGACCACUGACUGGAUGUCAAAGUAUUAAAAAAACUGACCGUGGAUCACAGGAUGUGAACCUUUUUCUUCUUCAUGUGGCUCCACAAUAAGAAAACCAGUAUGUCCUGUAUUAAUAUUGGUACAUACUGUACAAUGUAAGUCACGAUCAGUAUUUUACAAUCAUGUAAACAAUCACUAAUGUAAAUGUAUUUAAAUGAUCACUUUGAUUCCCAAAUGUUUCUCUAUUACAUAGUAUAGGUCAGAAAUACAUCUGUCUCCACUGAUUGAACAGGUCCAAUUACAACAGGAAGCAUUAACGUAAUAUAAAUGUGAUAUUUCCACUGGUUUGACCACAAAUUUGUUCUGAUGACAGAGACAUUCUGUAACUAUCUGUAUAGCUGAUUUAAGUCUCCCUUGGCAUAUCACACCACCUGAAGGCUAUUGGCUACUACAUUGAAGGCUAUUUAAAUUGCUUACCUCACAGAAUGUUAUAAGUUAAGUCCACAUGGUGUCAGGCUCCUUUUGCUUUGUCAGGCAUUUUGUGUUGCAGAGAGAGGUACAGGAAAAAAAGUACCGGUACCUUGGGCUUUCAGGUUGCAUAGCUUAAUGUGGGCUGCAAAGCACUUAGUUGGAAAUGAUACAGGCCAAGCACAAGACAUAGACACGAAUUAUACUCAUUAUAUAUAUAUAUAUACUAAUGUAGAUUGUGUAGGACAUUGUUCCCACUGUGGCUUUGGAAUAUCACAUAAACUUAUCAAUGUUCCCAACUUUCCAUCUCAAAGCAAUUGUCUGCAUGUACAUUUUGCAUUCAUAAAUAGAAUCUCUAGGCAGAUCUUUUGGAAGGAAAUCAUAACUGCUAUCAAAAAUCUGUCAAACAGGCAUGGACAAAUCUUGGAUGGUCAGAAUGAUUUUGCC